GCACUAGUCUUUGCACAACAGGGCUGUUUUUUUCUUGCCGCCGUUUAAGAAUUUGUUAGGUUGACAAUAUAUUGAAUUAUGGGAGAUUCAGAUGAAGAAAGUGGCUCAUCCGGCUCAAGUCGCAGUGGCAGCCGCAGUCGGAGUGGCACACCGCAAGCCAGAUCUCCAGGAAGUCGCAAGUCUGGCAGUGGCAGCGACCGUUCCCGUUCCCGCUCAAAAUCAAGAUCUUCACGUUCAGGUUCGGGUUCUCCACGUAGUGCCCGAUCUGGAUCUGCACAGAGCCAUCAAUCCAGGGGAUCUGCUCGGAGCAAACGUUCCGGCUCGGCCCAAAGUGGUGGUGGCUCCAGGAGCCGUAGUCGUAGUGGAACUCGCACACCAAAUAGUAAACGCUCUGCAUCCCGGUCUCGAUCAAGGUCCCGCAGUGGCAACGAGUCUCGCUCCAACUCACCUAAUCUUCAGAUUGACGACGAGCGCGCCAGAUCGAAAAGCAAGAGCCCUAGUCGUAGCCAGACUGGCAGUCGUGCUUCCAGAUCGCGAUCAAAAUCUGCAACACCACGCUCCAAAUCGGGAUCUCCGUCCCGUAGCCGUAGUCGGAGUCGGAGUGCAUCUGGGUCUGGCAGUGAUAUAGGAGUAUCUAAGAAAAAGGCACGACGUACUAGUGGAGGGUCAGGCUCCGGCUCAGAUAGGGAGAAACGUAAAAGUGGUAGCGGCAGUGACAUGGACACAUCGCCCACAAAAGCAAAGAAGUCUCGUUUAAUUGACUCGGACAGUGAUAGUGAUAGAGGAACGGAUCAGACAAAGAAAGCGCCGGCAGCCUCUGACAUAUUCGGCGACGCUGAUGAUAUUAGUGACGAUGAUGAUAAUGAUGGUGGUGGCCCAGCCAACAGAGAAUCGGGUCGUUCACGCAGUCGCAGUAUGACCAGGUCGCGUUCGAGGAGUCGUUCGGUUAGUCGCUCACGCUCCCGAUCUAGAUCACGCUCACCUGAUCCCAGAGGCUCCCAAUUGGAGUCGGCACGUAAGGAAGAUGAACCCGAACCGUUGCCUGAAACUCGCAUCGAUGUGGAAAUCCCACGAAUAUCAGCGGACCUGGGCAAGGAGCAGCAUUUCAUCAAAUUACCCAAUUUUUUGUCAGUGGUGACUCACCCUUUUGAUCCAGACACCUACGAGGAUGAAAUAGAUGAGGAGGAAACCAUGGAUGAGGAAGGUAGACAGCGCAUCAAGCUGAAAGUAAGCAACACCAUCCGUUGGCGUGAGUUUAUGAACAACAAAGGGGAAAUGGAACGAGAAUCGAAUGCGCGCUACGUGCGUUGGUCCGAUGGGAGCAUGUCACUUCAUUUGGGCAAUGAAAUAUUCGACGCUUACCGCCAGCCACUGCUGGGCGAUCAUAAUCAUUUGUUUAUACGUCAGGGAACAGGUCUACAGGGUCAGUCUGUCUUCCGUACAAAGCUGACCUUCAGACCUCAUUCCACCGAAUCGUUUACUCACAAAAAGAUGACCAUGUCACUGGCAGAUCGCUCUACCAAAACAAGUGGCAUCAAGAUUCUUACACAGGUUGGCAAGGAUCCAACCACAGAUCGUCCAACUCAACUCAAAGAGGAGGAAGCCCGUUUGCGUCAGGCCAUGCGAGAUCAGCAUAAGGCGCAGCCCAAGAAAAAGAAGGCUGGAGCCGGUGAGCAGCUCAGUGGAGGCGGCAAUUCGUCAUACCAACACGACGAUGGAAGCGAUGAUGAGAAUGCCAUCAGUUUAAGUGCUAUCAAGAAUCGCUAUAAGAAAAGUUCCGGCCCAUCCGAACCCAAAGCAUCUACUAUUUACUCAUCCGACGAUGAUGAGGGCUCUGACUUUGAGGCCCGUCGCAGCAAAAAAGUUGACAAGGCCAAGGCCAGCAAAGCAUUGCGCGAUUCUGACAGUGAAUCCGAUGAUGUAAAUGACAAGAGCGGCGGCCGGGAAGGAUCUCCCAGUGGCAGCGGUGGAAGCAGCAAAUCUGGUAGUGAGAGCGGCAGCGGUUCUGGCAGCGGAUCUGGUAGCGAUAACGAUGAUUAAUGUAGACGACCAUCGUCAAUAUGGCCGAUAGAUUAUGUUCUUUAGUAUUAAAUAAAAUCAUAAACUAAAAACUAUCAAGCACCUUGAAAUUUUUAUGUUAAAAAAUAAGUUUUGAAACAGAAUUCGGCUAUUCAAGAGACAUUUACCUGAACAAUUAGCGAUUAUCAUUCACUUUUCCCCAUUUAUAGUUCCAAUAGCAUUUGCUAAUAAAAAAAACACUUAACAUUUAAA